AUGGAAGCAGUUGGCAACGAAAAUGAAUAUAUUGCUUAUGUAGAAAAUCCAGCCCAAACUGGAGAGCAAAUAACAAUUUCUAUUGCAAUGAUGAAAGAAUAUUAUGGAUCAUCACUCCAAUUAGUAGAUUAUUCUGAAAUAACAAAUAUCAAAAUAUGUCCCACCCCUGAUAUCAUUGUAAGUUCGCUUAAUUCUUAUCCAGAACUAUAUUCAACAGCAGCUCUUGGCUUCAAACUCAACUAUAUUUGUGAAUUCAGUACAAUGAAAGUACAAUAUAAGAUGUCAGAUGAUGGGGAUUACGAAGAUGCAAUAUCAGUAUCUAGUUUAGAUAAUUACAAUAUUUUCUCAGUAACAGUAAAAUUACCAAAAACAAGAAUUUAUUUCAAAUUUAUUGACAAGUUUAAUAAUUCAAAAACAAUAAAUUAUUAUUUAGAUCCUACAAUAUUUACAUAUGUUGAAUAUGAUUGUGCCAUUCAAGAUCAAAAGGAAGAAUACCAUGGAGGAGAUGAAGUUAACAUCAAAUGUACUGCAAAAUCUCCAAGAUUAGCUUAUUCAAUACAUGAAUUUUAUUUCUUAGAUUAUUCUACAUAUGAUCAAUAUAGAUUAAUGGCAUCUUCUUCAGAAACUUCUGUUGAAUUCUCAGUUACUCUUCCUGAACCAAAAUCAUCUUAUCCUGUUUCACUUAUCACAAUAUGUCAAUCCAUAAAAUCAGAUCCAUCAAUAUCAAUAUACAGUUUUAUUCCCAUUAAAAUCAUUCCAAAUUUCAAAUUUGAUUUCGAUAUUAUAUCAAUGGACCAAUCAAGUUUGAAUAUCUUGGUGAAAUUGUACUUUAAUUAUCAAAUGAAGUAUAGUGUGAAUUACGUAAUAUCGAACAGCAAAGUAUAUGAGAAUUCUACUUUUACAACACUACAAGAAAAUGUUUUUGGCACACCACAUACAUUUAGUAUUCCACACAGUUUAGAAUCAGAUUAUUAUUUUGUUGGAAUUUUACUAAUAUUUGAAAAUUCUAAACAAUGUUUUGCUACAAAAGAAAUAAAUUACAUCGAUGAUAAAGUCUCAUUAAGCAGGGUUGGCCAUCACACAAUAACUGCUGGUAUAUAUGAGGUUAAGAAAGGAUUCACAGUUUUACUCCAGCCACCAAUUAAAAAGACAAAGACCGUUGUUUAUGCAAAAAUAGGAGAAGAUAAAUAUACAUUACUUAAGAAUAAUGUUAUUGGCAUUACCUUCAAUGAAACCGGCUCUAUUUAUCUAGAUGGUAAAGCAAGUAUUCAAACCAUUGUUAUGUCAAUAACUAAUAUUAAAACAGAUGAAAUUAUGUUUUUGCUUGGAAGAAGCGAAUUACGAAUUGGAAAUAUGGAAAAUGUCCAAUUUAAUAUGAAUAGUUCUAAAAAUUAUUUAUUUGUUCUUUCAUCAUUUGAUGGAAAAGGCAAAUCGAGAAUGGAUGGAGAUGUCAAUACAGAAUCAUUAGAAAUUGAAAAUUACUAUGCUGAUGGCACAUUGGUAGUUAAUGAAGAAUCAUCAAGGAAGUUAUUGGCUGCUUCUUCAAAACCAGAUAAUAUUAACAUUUAUUCAAUGCAAAUUCAUAAUGAUGAGUACAAGUUCAGUUAUAAAUUCAAAACAAUGAGAUCAAGAGAUAAAACAACAGUAAUAAUUCAUUCAAAGUUAGGUACUCAUUACCUCGCUACAAAACCUGAUUCAUACACAGGAGAUGAAGAACCUACUCCUACACCAGUUCCUGUUUCUGAUGACUCCCAAAAAGGAGGAGCUAGUCCAGCAAAAAUAGCUGGUGGAAUUGUUGGAGUAAUUGUUGUUAUUGCAAUUGUUUGCGUUGUCGUCUUCUUUGUCUGGAGAAAGAAGAAACAAGCAAAAUACAAUGACUCAGAAGAAGGUGAUAUUCAUUCAGAUUCAUCUUAUAGCAACAAAUCAGCUUAA